CCUUGGUGGGUCAAUGGCAAUGCAAUCGAAGAAUGGAUAAGCGGCGAAAAGUUUAGCUAAAAACAGCUGUGAAAGUCUGCAAAUCUUAAAAAAUUUAUGAGUGACUCGUUUGAUAAUACUCCGUAAUAUUGAUGUAAUGCGGGAACUUCUGUUUCUCACGCCCUAUAAAUUCAUCAGCUCUUUACCUUAAUCGCCUUUCACUCUCCUCUCCAUAUAUGCAUCAAUGUUUACAUGUAUAUGUCUGCUAUUCAGUAGGGUUUAUACAUAGAUAGAACAUACGUAUAAUACAAGUAUAUACAUAUAUAGAUUUCUAUAUAUUCAGGUGUAGUUGUUUUCGACGUACUCUGUUUCGGCUGUCACAUACUGAGUUGAAGACUAGACUGGGGCAGAGAGAUGGAUGCCUACGCUAUGCAUCUGGCCAUGGCCGCACUGGUCGGCGCGUCGGUGGUGGCAGUAUCGGCUUACUAUAUGCACCGGAAAACCCUAAAUCAACUGUUGGAGUUCGCCAAGACUAUGGAGAGAGACAGAGAGGACGCAGCUGCGGACAGUGCAGACUCGCCGCGGUUCUUGAAGCAGUACAGCUCGUCGGAGAAGCGGCGGAACCAUGCCAGACGGAGAGGGAAUGCAUAUUACAGCCGCGAGUCCGUGACCGCGUCCCUGCCCGACGUCACGGGGAUUGCUGGCUCUGGAGGCUGCGAAGUGGAUGAUAUGAGGAACGGGCUGCUUCAUGUUGAUUCUAUACCUGUUGGCUUGCCGCGGCUUCACACCCUUCCUGAAGGGAAUUCUGGUCAAGUAGGAUCAUACAAAAGAGCUGGACAGCUUCUACGAUCUACUUCUCCUAGGUCUCCAGUUCCCAGUGUCAGUGCAUUUGAAAGUGUGGAAGGAUCUGACGAGGAAGAUAAUUUGAUCGAUAACGGGAAACUAGAUACUAUCUAUCUUCAUACCAACGGGGAUGCGGGACCAGAGUGUGAUGGGAUGUACCCGAAUUUGCCUGAACAUGUCGUUGUCGAUGGGGAGCAAGUGCCUUUGCCUGCCCCGAGUAUGAUUCGCUCCCAUAGUGUAUCUGGUGAUCUACAUGGUGUUCAACCUGACCCCAUAGCUGCAGAUAUACUUAGAAAAGAGCCAGAGCAAGAAACGUUUGUGCGAUUGAAGAUUUCUCCUAUGGAGACACCAUCUCCUGAUGAGAUUGAUGUAUACCGGAAUCUUCAAGUUUGUCUUGAUAUGAGACGGAGUUAUGUAUUUAGGGAGGGUGUCACUCCUUGGGAGAAGGAAAUAAUAUCUGAUCCCAGUACACCAAAGCCUAACCUUAAUCCAUUUAACUACAUAUCAGAGGGUAAAUCUGAUCAUUAUUUUCAGAUGGAAGAUGGUGUAGUCCAUGUUUAUCCGAAUAAAGAUUCAAAAGAGAAACUUUUCCCUGUUGCCGAUGCAACAACUUUCUUCACUGACCUGCAUCAUAUUCUUAAAGUCAUAGCAGCUGGGAAUAUUCGAACUCUAUGCCACCAUCGACUAGUUCUUCUAGAACAAAAAUUCAACCUUCACUUAAUGCUCAAUGCGGAUAGAGAAUUCCUAGCUCAAAAAAGUGCACCACAUCGUGACUUCUAUAAUGUUAGAAAGGUUGACACUCAUGUUCAUCACUCAGCAUGCAUGAACCAGAAACAUUUGCUGCGAUUUAUAAAGUCAAAGCUAAGGAAAGAACCUGAUGAGGUUGUUAUAUUUCGUGAUGGGACUUACAUGACCUUAAAGGAGGUUUUUGAGAGCUUGGAUUUGACUGGUUAUGACCUGAAUGUGGACCUAUUGGAUGUCCAUGCUGACAAGAGUACCUUUCACCGUUUUGACAAAUUUAAUUUGAAAUACAACCCUUGUGGUCAAAGUAGGCUCAGGGAGAUUUUUCUGAAGCAGGAUAAUCUUAUCCAGGGCCGCUUUCUUGGUGAGUUGACAAAGCAAGUAUUUUCAGAUCUUGAAGCAAGUAAAUAUCAGAUGGCUGAAUAUAGAAUAUCAAUAUAUGGUAGAAAGAUGAGUGAGUGGGACCAGCUCGCAAGUUGGAUUGUGAACAAUGAGCUGUAUAGUGAGAAUGUUGUUUGGUUGAUACAGCUUCCUAGACUCUACAAUGUGUACAAGGAAAUGGGCAUUGUGACAUCAUUUCAGAACAUUCUCGAUAAUAUUUUUCUCCCUUUAUUUGAAGUUACUGUUGAUCCAGAUUCUCAUCCUCAGUUGCAUGUGUUCUUAAAACAGGUAGUUGGAUUAGAUUUGGUAGAUGAUGAGAGCAAACCAGAAAGAAGGCCAACAAAACACAUGCCAACACCAUCUCAGUGGACCAAUGUAUUCAAUCCUGCGUAUUCGUACUAUGUCUACUAUUGCUAUGCUAAUCUGUACACCCUUAACAAGCUGCGUGAAUCGAAGGGAAUGUCAAUUAUUAAGUUCCGCCCUCAUUCUGGAGAGGCCGGUGACAUUGACCACCUUGCUGCUACGUUUCUUACUACACACAACAUCGCUCAUGGAAUCAAUCUCAGAAAAUCUCCUGUACUUCAGUACUUGUACUAUCUUGCCCAGAUUGGCUUGGCAAUGUCUCCUUUAAGUAAUAACUCUUUAUUCUUGGACUAUCACCGCAACCCUUUUCCCAUGUUCUUUUUGCGGGGCCUGAAUGUUUCUCUUUCAACGGAUGAUCCAUUACAAAUCCACUUAACAAAAGAGCCAUUGGUUGAGGAGUAUAGUAUAGCUGCUUCGGUGUGGAAGCUAAGUUCAUGUGAUCUAUGUGAGAUUGCCCGCAAUUCAGUCUACCAAUCUGGUUUCUCGCAUGCUCUGAAGUCUCACUGGAUCGGGAAUGAGUAUUUCAAGAGAGGUCCAGAUGGUAAUGAUAUCCAUAGGACAAACGUGCCUCAUAUCCGAUUGGAGUUCAGAGAGAUGAUCUGGAGGGAGGAGAUGCGACUAGUUUAUUUGGGCAAGGCUGAUUUUCCCAAAUACAUUGACCCAUAAAGUGGUUAGUGCAUUUGUCAGCCUUGUCUUUACGCUUGUAUUAAGAGGAUAGUGGCCGAUAGUCGGACCAGCUUCACCAAGGAGGAACUGUUGAAACCGCAAACUAAAAGUAUAUUGGACAUUUUUGGUGCAUAAUACCCCAACAAAAUAUCAAAUAGGAAGUGACAUUUCCAGUGAAGUUGUAGGUUUGCCUGACGUGGAAGCACCUGAGUUGGGACAUAGUGCAAUAGGGCAUAUAUAUAUAUAUAUAAUAUAUAAUAUAUAAUAUAUUAGAAUAAUUACGGAGUAAUAAACAUUGAGCCAUAUUUCAAGGAUGAGUUUUAGAUGAUGAAUCCAACAAUAAAUCCCAUAGGUUCUGUUGUAUAACUUUCAAACAUUCCCGAAUUGCAAUUGGAAUGAAAUUUGGAUUCACUUUGGUUCUACA